AUGUCAGUGGAUAUCAUUCAUUUCUCUCUGCAGGUGGAGGCGUCUGUCUCUCUGCUGCCUCCAGUGGCUCGUUCAGGCUAUCACAGGAUUGUUCUGAUCCUCAGCAGUGCCGCGCCAGUCAACUGGGCUCUGGUGGCUCCAGAGGUCAGAGGUCACGUCAGGGUCUAUUCGUCCAACAGCGUGAGUCUGCCGUACCGACCUCAAGCCCCCGGCCUCAGCAUGACCAGCACCGUGACCUCUGACCUCCUCAGCCCCCCCGACCUUCUAGAAUGGGCCAAUCAGAACGGCUUUCCCAAAGUGACCUCGUACACCGAGGCUGAUCUGGCCAAUCGCUUCGUCAUCAGGUUAAGGGAAGGUGGAAAAGAAGGGUCUUCAGACGGGGGGCAGGAUGACAUCAGCAGUGAGCCGCUCACCUGCCAGUGUGGGGGCGGAGCUCUUACUGUUACCGUGGAUACACAGAUGCUACAGGCUGCACUUUCCAGAGCACAAAAAGCAGUAAAAAUAUCCUUUCUUUAUUCAUGCUAA